AUGGUGUGUUCACUGGGAAAUGGGAGGAUGGCUGUCAUGGCCAGGAUUCUAGCUGCUGGAAGUGUGUCAUCGCAGAAUCUAGCAGUGGAAAUUGGCCGUCGACAAUCAGCUGCAAAAUGCAUGUACAGGGAGUUACAUGAGGCUGAUGAACCAAACUUGCUUGAUGAGGAAGACAUGCAUGUCUUUGGUGUGGAGCCAAUGACUGAUCCUCUGCAUCUGGUAUGCUGCAAUGCUUGUAAGAAGCCAGUGAAGGCAAGUCAGUAUGCAGCUCAUUCAGAACUGUGUAGAUCCUUGAAAUAUGUUGGAGAAAUUACAACAAGAGAUGCUGGCGGUAAAGGGCACAGGAAAGCUCCUAAGAAAGAGAGGAAAAAGUUGAUGGCACACUCUAAUCCAGUGGCACCAGUUACAGAGCAGGGCAGGUCUGUGUCUAUAAAUGUAGAUAAUGUAACUAUAUCAGAACCAAGGUUAGGCGGAAAACCUGGGAUGUCUUCUUCCAUGUACGUCCAUCCAACAAGAAAUUCUGCAUGUGUGGAUGUGUCAUCUAUGAUGGAUGGUAGAGGAGUGGUCCCUGAGAAUGCAGCCAACUCACAGCGUGUAUUGCCACCUCCAACAAAGCGCUCUAAACUCUUAUCAAGCCAGGUUCCAUCUCUAGCAGAUGGUCCAGAGAAACCUUCAGGAUUGUCAAAAGUCACAAGCUGUAGAGGUAAGGAUUACCAACCACAGAAAAUAGCUGUGGCCCAGAUUCUUUCUAAUCCGGACGUCCCCGUCUCCAAGGGUCAUGGGCAAAACAAUGAUGGUUGCUUGUGGAAGAAAGAUAUUCCGGCUCCCCUUGCUACCAAAAUUUACUACUCACAAAGGAGUAAUCGCCUGAGGUCAGCAGUAGCAUAUAUGUAUCACCUCUCAUCAAACCAAGGAGUUCUCAGCGACAUGAGUCCAGAUAUGUCACAGAAAAGCAUGCAAGUAAACACUUCGUCGCAUACGGGUGAACAUGCAGAUGAAAUCAGCAACAAGGAGGGAGCGCAGUCUGCAUUUAAACCUGAUCACAUUCUAGGACAAAUUUCAGAGGGGUCCUUGGACAAGUUUGAAGGAUGUCUUCAGGAUACAGAUAUGUCAAGUCAGUUCCCAAUUAGUAAUCUUCUUGGGCCUCCUCAGAUGGCACCUGUUGGGAUACUUGGAAGUAAAUAUCUUGCAAAUCCUUAUUCCCAUGGAGGAAAUUCAGCGCAAUCGAUUGGUGGAACAUUGCAGCAGCAAUCAAAUGGAAGCGUUCAUGUUCUGUAA